UUGGUCCUACCUGAAUGUCCUUUCUCUGUUGGCGGGACCAGCAGCCAGCCCCUCCCUGAACGCCCGGUUCCUGUCUUCUAUAGAGGUCAUUCGGGCUCUCAUGGUCAUAUGCCGGGGGGGGGGAGGGCAUAAUAGCAUAUUCUUGCAGUUCCUGUUUUACAGCUCAGUGCGUCGGUCUGCCGCAUCAUCCUCGUCCGAAAGCUGGAAGGCACCAGGAGGAGGAGGUGCUUUUCAACUAGCAGACUCGAUCCCAUUGGAUACAGACCGAGUCACUCCCCAUGCCUGGCUGCUGGUCCCGCCAACAGAGAAAGGACAUUCAGGAAUCUGAUCUGUCCACCUACCCACCCAUCCAUCCUGGGUCUCUGAUCCAUCUGUCUGUCAUCCAUCCAUCCAUCCAUCCCAGGUCUAUGGUAGAGGACCCUAGAUUGAGGAAGACACAUGCCACCCAUAAGGAACAAAACCUCUGAGAUUUCUACCAGAGAUAUUGGAUUCCUGACUCCCAAGCUGCACCAAAGUAUAUUUUGCCAUAAUAGUCAAAAAUUGCUGAUGCAAGAAAUCAACUUUUUGGGCUUGGUAACGUAACACAAAGCUUGAAGAUUCUAGUAAGGUGAAAAAUGGUCUAUCUCAUUUCAACAAAGAAAAUUUGGAAAUUUUCUUCUUUGACUUUUUCAUUUCGUGGUAUUGAACAACACUGGAUAUUUUACCAUUUUUAAAAACAACAAUUUAGUGUAUACAUUGUGUCCCUUUUCUUUGUCUAUAUUGAUGGAGGUCAAUGUUUUAGGAGGAGUUUUUGACAGUAAAUUAAAGAAUCAAAAGGUAGAAUGACCAUUGUACUCUCUAAGAUUUUCAAAAUAUAAAGUAUAAAAUAAAAUUAAUUUUGAAAUACAGAGAAUAUGAACUCCAAGAGGACUAUAAAUUCAAUGUUUUUAAUCUAUUGAUGAAAUCAAUUUUGAGUAUUUUUAUGAAUUUUUAUUAUUGUGCAUUUCUCCAAAACUUCAUGGAUGGAAUUUGUUUCUUGAAUAUUUUAUGACAGUUUAGCACCACAAUCCUUGAAUGAAUUGUUUGAAAAUCUAUGAAUGAGUAAAGAUUAUAUUUUAGGCACUAUUUAUAAAAUGAACUGUUGUGUAUAUCACAUUAUACAUUUUCCCCAUAAUCCAAAUCCUGCAAGGAAAACAAAAUGACCAGAAGACCUCAAAUUCAUAUGUUCUUUGGUGCACCCAUUCUUUCAACUACUUCAAACAACCCCAAAGAAGAGAAUGGUUCUUCGCCUAAUGAGAAACCAUGGAGAGAAUUGCACCUUUCAUUUACCAAUGACACUUUUAAUCUUUGUAGCACAAACUUCAGGCCUCUUGAGUAUGAGAUCGCAAAUGAUGCAGUUUUGGUUGUCAAUUCCAAAGAUCACUUCCCAGUAAACGUUGAAAAAAGAGGUGGCUUGGUUAAUGCCUUUAUGACCGAUUGUGCAACAUCUGUUGGAUGUGUCAAAUCCUUCAGCCAUAAAAAGGAGGCCCUGGGUGAGUCACCUGAUGGUGGUUCUUCUGUCUGCAGUGAUAUAAGCAGAGGGAACCAGAAAAAACACCAUGUAUGUCAACAAAGCAAAAAGGAUUAUACCAAAGGAAAUGCUAGUUGUAUCAUAGAUAACCAUCUUGAUUCUUCGCCUUUGGUUUUUGAGAUGAAGGACUUUAAAAAUUGUAUUGUAGUUAAUCACAACCCAUCUUAUCUUAAAUCUGAACCUCAGGGUGAAAAUCUACUCCUGAGUCCGUAUCUGAAAACAUGUUCACAAAAAGCAGAUGAAUCGAAACCCGACAACCUGCUAGAUGCACCUUCAAAUCUUGACCUAUCAACAGACAAUGAAUUCUUUAGUAUUCUUACUUUAAGCCAAGUAGCUCUCUGUUCAGGACAAUAUGCUGUAGGACAGAAUGAAAUGCAAAAUAAACCUAUAGCAGGGGAAGGAGUAGAACUGGCCCUACCUUGUAGGGAAGACACAGCAGAUGGAGAACCUCUACUUAAAUCAAAUGAAGGUGGUGAUGUGGCUGCUAAGAAAGUUAACACAAACUGUGAAGACAACUCUGAGUGUUCCAUUCAACUCUUUGACUCAGAUAAUUCAAGUCAAGAUAAUUCAGAUUUCAAAAAAGGUAGUCUUCUAUCUUCACCUGUUAACAACGAAGGACAGGACCUUAAACCCCAACAAAAAAGGCAGUUACAUUCUCCAGAAGAGCACCAUGCUGAAAGACCUCAAGCAACUGAUGAUAAUGUGAUGACUUCUUGCUUUACUUUUAGAGAUCAGCAGCUAUCCAAAAGAAUCAAAUUAGUGUGUUCUCCUCUUCGCCCAGUUAAAAAAACUGGAAAAACCACGACCUCAGGAAUUGAGAAAGCUCAGAAGCCACUGUCACUGCUUAAGGAUUGUGUUGAGAAAAGCCGGAAGUUCUCUGUCUUGGUUGUAGUGCUGCAUCCUUCUCACAUCAAAGAAAUCAAGGCGGGAAGUACCGCAUCCUGCAAAGUCCCCUUAGCCACAGUUGUCGUUACCGAUCAGUCAGAAGUGAGACAGAAGGUUGUGUUGUGGAGAGCAGCAGCAUUUUUAUCACUUACCGUCUUUCCUGGAGACAUCGUACUCUUCACAGAUGUCGUUGUUUGUGAGAACCGUUGGGUUGGAGAAAUGAUGCUGCAAUCAACUUUUAUGACCAAACUGGUCAAUCUUGGAAGCUGUUCAGCUAUUAAUGCGAAGGAAGCCUCCCAUAUAGUAGACAGUCAUCUUCUCCAGGAUUUGCUGACCUAUGUUUCUGCAAAGCACGGCCCUCUCCAAGCUCUCCCUCCAAGGCAAAGGCAGAGCCUGGAUAACGUUUCCUGCGUCCUUCUAAAUCGGCUCAAACCAGAUACUUUGGUGCAUGCAGUGUUGAGGAUCAUCAACAUCACAGUGCUGAUAGACUCCGUGUAUAGCUUUAAAGAAGAAAAGCAAAGUAAAAUUAUCCUAACGGUGGAACAGAUCAAGGGCCAGCCUUAUGCCUUGGUUGUUUGGGGUGAUGCAGCAGCCCAGUGUCCUCAGCUUCAAAGGAAAAAAGAUCAUAUUUGGGAAUUUAAGUAUCUCUUUGUAAAACACAACCCUGUCUCCGGUGACUUGGAAUUGCACACGACACCUUGGUCGGUCCUCGAGUGCCUUUUUGAUGAUGAUAAAAGAUCUCUGGCCUUCAAAGAGAAGUUUGAAAGGAAGGUCCAAGAGUUGUUGAAGAUGACCACCCUGGCUUCACAUCUAGAAGAAAAAAGUUCGGGAAUAAUCCAAGUGAAGGUCUGCGUUUCAAAGCUGAGCUUUACGGAUGCUUCCCUGUCACACGGACAGCUGGUCUUUGACGCGGAUACUUCCCUGGAGCAGGUAUUCGCUUCCCUUCCCCUGAUCACCUACAAGGGUUGCGCAAAAUGCGGCCGUGAACGACAGACAGAUGACAACAAGAUCUACAAACAGUGCCCUACCUGCUUACCUUUGAACCAAGUCAAAAUCUUCUACAGACCUGCUGUGAUGACUGUUGAGGAGGGGGACUAUGAAAUCUCUGUUCGGGUAGGAUCCGAAUUGAUGGAGAAGAUGUUCCUUAACAUUCCCGCAGAAUGGCUGAAGAAGGCUGUAGAACCUUCCUCAGAUACCACCUACGGGAUGCUGGUGGCCGAUCUCUGCCACUCGCUGCUCACUGACUCCAAGGCAUCCUACCUUCUAACCAUUAAGAGCCAUUUCGUCCUGGAUGAAAACAGUUUUCCUCUGGAGAAAGACUUCCAGCUGCUGGAGUUCCACCUUGAUCUCUGAAGCAGCCACUUCUAAUGAGGUUCCUCACCCAAUUUACAAUCACACAAAAAGACAUGGAGGGACAAGUACCGUAUAUACUCGAGUAUAAGCCGAGUUUUUCAACACAUUUUUUGUGCUGAAAAACGUCCCCUCGGCUUAUACUCGGUUCUAUACGGCUUAUACUCGAGUUUUUUUUUUUUUAAAGCCCCUCGGCUUAUACUCGAGUAUAUACGGCUUAUACUCGAGUUUUUUUUUUUCUUUUUUUCACAUUUUACCGGACUGAAGCCCUGCCGGUGCAGUGAGAGGGCGGGGCGGGGGAGCCGCCAGCCUUCUCAGCUGAGGGAGGGAGGGUUUCCCCAACCGGUAGGUGCCUCAUUUCCCACCCUCGGCUUAUACUCGAGUCCCCAAUUUACCCCAGUUUUUGGGGUAAAAUUGGGGACCUCGGCUUAUACUCGGAUCGGCUUAUAUUCGAGUAUAUACGGUAUAUGGAGGGUUUUUUUUGUUUGUCUUGGAAUGAAUAUGUGUUAUUUUUCUAAAUACACUAGCGGGAUACCCGUGCUUUGCUACUUAUGACCAUUUUUCACACUUAGGACCAUUGUAGCAUCCUCAUGGUCUUGACAGACUCUCAUUGUCAUCAUCACCAACAAAGUAUAUCUGGAGAAAUGAAGGCUGCUGCUGAGGCCCCACCAUGAUACUCCCUAUCCUGUGGUAGACCUGCCCCUGCACUUUGAAUGUUGGUGUAAAAUUUCCCUCCUUCACUUCUCUGGCUCCAAAAGGCGUCAUUUGGAAGUAUCUGUUGUACUUCCUGGCAGCAGAAAGACAGUCUUUUCCCUUUAACUGGUGUUACAGUAGAAGGAGCAGAUUCAUCUGAACUGAGAGGUCAGUGUAAGAAGUGAGUUGGAGCUGGGACCACUAUGCAGGAGAAAUUUGGUUCACAAUCCGUUGGCUCCGUGGUGGUCGAUGAUUGAAACACAUAAAGGAAUAUCUCUUCCACCACCUUGAGUCCGGAAGCAGUUCUGUAGGUGGAAGGCGUAGACAUUUUGGUGAGGUAGGGAUGUUUAGUACUGGAAGGAGCUCCAGACCGCUCCUGAGCGAAGGAGUGGAACGGCUGCCAGUUUGAACUGAGGUAAUGGAAUGUGAGGCAACCGGCAGUUGGAACAGAGUUCCUUUCAGGUGAGGAGGGGGAGUAGAAUGACUAACUCCUUAGCAUCAGAGCGUGUUAAGUAUAUGAAUAUACCAUAUAAGAAAUAUGAAUUCUCUGAUGGUCAUUUCGAAAAAUCCUUUCCUAGAAGCCAAGAGGAAUGCACGUGCCAAAUUUCAGGUUUGUAGGUUUACACAGUCCUGGAGAUUUCAUGAUGAGUGAGUGGAUUUGGUUUUUAUAUAGAGAUUUUUUCUAUGAUUUCAGAGCCAUGAUUUCUUCAGACGGUUAUUAAAAGCUACUCAAAAGAUGA